GCGAAAUUGGAGAAUGCAGAUUUCUUUUUUUUUUUUUUACCAAUGAUUAUAAAAUAACUUAUUUUGAACACUUUACUUACAAAACUAUUUUGAAAUGUGAGAGGUGACUUAUAGAAUUAAAGAUCACAAAAUGUUGAGUUUUAAGUUUAGCAGUGUUAGAAACUGCCCAAUAUGAUGAAAGUGACACCAGAGCCUUGUAUUUUUGUGUCAAAUAAAUUCUUAAUAUAAUGAAGCAGGUUGCCGGUGUCAGCUAUUUAAGAAACGUGUUUGUUAGCGAUUUAGAAAAUGGCAUCUGUGCUAUGUAUACUGCUUUUUUCCAGUUUUGAAUUAAAUUUGUAAACUUAUUUUGAUGAGUGAAAAGCACUUGGCAUCAAAUGUGAGCUCGUCAGUAAUUGCAUUAGUCAUUUUAAUGUUUGGGAAACGUGGAGCUUUGCCUGCACUUUAUCUCCUAACAGCUUAUUAUAAAUUUCAUUUCUAUUUUAUAUAGCGCCAAGGUAUUUCAAUUUAUGAUGAAAUUACAUACCUAUUUUAAAGUUUCUCUUUUUAAAGAUAACUAAUGCAGAAUAUUAUCAUCUCAGUUUUUUUAAGUAUGUAAAAAAGAUUUCUAAUUUAAUUAGAGAACUGCUAGGCAUUACAGUAGGGGGGAUGAAAUAUCAAUACUGCGAGAUUUGCAGUAAAUAAAAACCUUAAACCUUGGUGAUACCACAAUGAUUUUAGAUUAGCAGAAGAAAUUUCAACAGCUGCUAGAAUGCAUUGUGAAAGGAAAAGGCUAAGGUUAAAUAUCAAAAAGACAGUUUACUUGGUAAUCGCAAAGAAAUCAUAAAGUCCCAAAUGCAGUCUCAUGGUACAUGGGUAGAUAAUGCAGCAUGAGGAUCAUUUUCAUUAUUUGAGGUUCAUCGUCACAUUUAAUGGCAGAUUUGAACAGGAGAUUAAGAGAAGAAUUGGGAUAGUUAAUACUUUAAAAAAAAAAAAAAACGACAUUUAAAGUACAUCCUGGCAAAUAUACCUGAAAAAAAGACUUAAUGAAUACAGAAAGCGAUACAGAAAAGUUUUGUUUUGUUGCACAUCAAAUCUGCAUGCUAAGUGCCCUUUAGACAUGAGGCUGCCAGAAGGAAUUUGCUGCAUUGUCACCACAACUGGUACACCACAACAGGACGAGGGCCAAGUUGAAAAAGUGACUGGCUUGUCUAUAGCCCAAAGCCCAAAAAUCUCAUGCGAGUCUGAAGGAAAUAGUCCAUGGAGUUGUAGCGGAGUACUUGUGGACCCCUUAGAUGGUUUGAUUAUUUGUCACGGGUCCAUAUUCUCUCCGUUUCUUCUCAAUAAAGACCAGCAUAUCUCAAGACUUGGACUGUUGCUUCCUGAGGAUUUCAGUGAAACUCUGCAGAUUGAAGUCCUGUUUCAUAACUCAGUUGCACAGUACAGCAGAAAGGCAAACCAGUUAGAAAGGCAAGAACUAGAGCUUUUUCCCACAACGGCGAAUCUCCUAAUGCUGGUGCCAUGUCCUGAAUUUCAGAAGACUUUUUCAAUCAUGUUUAGCAAGUCAGAUAAGUGGCAGUUUUAUAAUGAAGAAGACAAAGUCGAAUUUGCAGAAGUGAAGAAAGAUGCCAAUUUUUUACACUGGUUUGCUGUUCUGAAGUUAACGGCUGUAUUUGCAAAAUCAAUAGAAACAGUUCCUUGGCUUCCUGCUACGGAUCUACAAAAAGGAGACUUAAUCUUUUCUUGUGGUUCCCCUUUUGCUUCAUUCUGUCCUGACAUAUUCAUGAAUACACUUAGCAAAGGAAUUGUGAGCAAUCUAGCAGGGCCAAGAAAUGCCCUGAUCCUCACUGAUGCCGUUUGCCUACCUGGUACUGAAGGAGGAGGAAUAUUUGUGAGUAAGGGAGGGCACUUAUUUCUGCUUGGAUUGAUUGUCUCCCCCUUGUGCUGGAAAGCAAAUGAGUGGAUUGGUCUAACGAUAGCCUGCUCCCUGGAGCUGAUUCUGCAGAGUAUAAAUAAGCGGACAAAUGUCUUUAAAUCUGAUGUAAAGAGGACUGCACAUCACAUAUCAACUGUGGACAGGAUGCAGUCUUUGGUGAAAAAUACAAACUUGAAAGUACCAAUCCCACAAACUGCUCCUAUGGUGGUUCUGGUAGAGAGUGGUAGUUGCUGGGGUUCAGGAGUGCUGAUGAACUCGCAACUGAUUCUCACCUGCAGACAUGUAGUCAAUGGAGCAGAGAGCGUGAAAGUGAAGAUUGGUGGCACAUCUGGAUGCUUCCACAGCAGGAUAGGAAAAGUGGUAUUUUCUACAAAAGAAGAAUCACCAUAUGAUGUAGCUGUAUUAUUACUAAAUGAAAGUCUUUUGGAUGCAACUGAACCCACUUUAGCUUCCACCUUUGUUCCAGGGGAGUCUCUCUGUGUUUUGGGGUUUGGGCUUUUUGGACAGAAUUGUGGACCAUCUGUGACAGCUGGGACUCUGUCCAGAGUCAUGCAGUGUGAUUCUAAACCUAUAAUGUUGCAGACUACAUGUGCAGUGCAUGCAGGAACAAGUGGAGGAGCAUUGUAUCGCACAAGCACUGGAGAACUACUAGGAAUCGUAACCAGCAAUACCAGAGAUAAUGCGAUCAACAUUACUUAUCCUCACCUGAAUUUUAGCAUCGCCAUCACUGUUUUGAAGCCACUUCUUCAUAGGUACAUCAUAUCUAAAGACAGCUCGGUGUUUGCAGAACUGGAUACUGCCAAUAAUCUGGUAAAAAAUAUAUGGAGGCUUCACAGACGCCAACCCCCUCAACCACAAAGCAAACUCUAAUUCCAGAGGACAACUUAUAUAACUGGACUUUCUCAAAGUUUUUGGAAUGUCACUUGAAAUACACAAAAUAAAGAUUUUUUUUUGCCCUUGUU